GGGAGGGAGUGUCCAAAAUUGUCCGGAGUCCCGACUUCCACGGCUGAUACCACGCCACCCAGCCAGCUUGGGUACAUGGACUAAGCGGCUGCACCAACACCAACUGGGAAAGGAAACCGAAUUCAACUGGCCGGAGCACCCCUCUACCUCUUGCCUCCUCCCAAUUCGCAGUCCCAGCAGGCUGCGCGCCACCGAGGGUGGGGCCUGGUUGAGUGGGAAGAGGUGGAAGCUGGGAGUAGAAGGAAGGUGCAUCUGGUUCCCGAUUCUACUCCCCACCCGCGACCGCACACAGCAAACAUGACCCAGCAGCCGCCUGACGUUGAGGAGGAUGACUGUCUUUCUGAAUACCACCACCUCUUCUGCCCGGACCUUCUCCAGGACAAAGUGGCUUUUAUCACUGGUGGUGGUUCUGGGAUUGGCUUCCGGAUCGCCGAGAUUUUCAUGAGGCAUGGCUGCCACACUGUCAUCGUCAGCAGGAGUCUGCCGAGAGUGUCCGAGGCUGCUAAGAAGUUGGUUGCUGCCACUGGAAAGCGGUGUCUCCCUCUGUCUAUGGAUGUCCGAGUUCCCCCAGCUGUCAUGGCUGCUGUGGACCAAGCGCUGAAAGAAUUUGGCAAAAUCGACAUCCUCAUUAACUGUGCUGCAGGGAACUUUUUAUGCCCUGCCAGUGCAUUGUCUUUCAAUGCCUUUAAGACUGUGGUGGACAUUGACACCCUUGGCACCUUCAAUGUGUCUCGUGUGCUUUAUGAGAAGUUCUUCCGGGACCAUGGAGGAGUGAUCGUGAACAUUACCGCCACCCUCAGUAUGCGGGGGCAGGUGCUGCAGCUCCAUGCAGGCGCUGCCAAGGCGGCUGUGGAUGCUAUGACGCGACACUUGGCUGUGGAGUGGGGUCCCCAGAAUAUCCGUGUCAACAGCCUGGCUCCUGGUGCCAUCAGCGGCACUGAGGGUCUGCGGAGAUUAGGAGGCCCCAAGGCCAGUUCGAAAUUUAAGUAUCUUUCAAGUCCUAUUCCAAGACUCGGAACCAAGACAGAAAUCGCCCACAGCGUGCUGUACCUAGCCAGCCCUCUGGCUUCCUAUGUCUCAGGGAUUGUGUUGGUGGUUGAUGGUGGUAGCUGGAUGACGCUCCCAAAUGACAUUGGGCGACUGCUAGAGUUUGAAUCCUCCUCUGCUAAGCUGUAGCCCAUCCCACUCCCCUCCCCCUCCCUUUCUUCUCAGAGAAGGGGAGUCCUUCCGUGGAGAUCUGCCUUCUUCUUUUUUAAAGACAGGACCUCAUGUACACUGUGUAGUUGAAGGUGAUUUUACAGAAGAUCUCUCAUGCCAAUUUUUGCAGUGUUUGAAGAGCACACCCAAGGCUUCAAGCAUGUUAAAGCAACAGAAUCAACUGAACUACGUCCUCUACCCCAGGAUACCUUUUUUGACACAUAAACAUUGAUUGCGCUUAAGAAAGUUGUACUGAGGAGGCCGUGUUCUUCAUGGGGAAGGCUUCCUGUCUCACAUAGGUCUAUAGUCACACGAGGAAUGUUGAAUCUGAUUGGGAAAUCCAAGCCCACCUGCCCUUCCUCCGGGAUCAAGCUAUUUCCAAGCUCUGCCUCUCCUUUGCCCACAUCCUGAGUAGAAAUGGCCGGAUUGUGAGCCUAGCCUGAUACUUGCUUACAGUAUCUGAAGAGUUACUAUGAUUUUACCAGAAAAAAAAAAUGCACUUUCUUGUAAAAAAAAAAUCAUCUUUUUUACUGUAAAAAUAGCUGAGUUGGAAUUUGUAAAAGUUUCUAGAAAGAAAAUUUAAAAGAUUGCUGACUGAUUCUGUCACUGAA